AUGUCCUUAAUAAUGGAGCACAUAGACCAAACUACCAUUCUCUCCCUCCUCGGCGUUGUCGCCAUUCUCCUCUCCUCCUACAUACUCUCUAUCCGCGUCCUAAGUCCUAGCAUCCCCUCCUCCCUCCGUAUCCUCUUCAUCUGGCAUUUCUUUGAUUUUCUCAUUCACACCAUCUUCGAAGGUUCAUUUCUCUACAACUGUUUUUUCUCCAGCGUUCCCUUCGAUUCGUCGAUUGCUCAUCCCGUCGCUCUUACCAAUUUCCUGGGCACGAGUCAAUUUGUCUAUGGAGCCCAGUAUGCGGAUAAUUGGGCGAGUAAAUUGUGGAUGGUUUAUGCGCAGGCGGAUAAGAGAUGGGCGGGUGCGGAUCUCACAGUCGUGAGUUUGGAAUUGUUGACGGUGCUUGGGGCUGGUCCUUUGGCGCUUUGGAUUUGUUGGGGCAUUGUGAGGAAGGAUUGGAGGGUUAAUUUUUGGAUGGUGGUGCUUGCUACGGGGGAAUUGUAUGGUGGUUUCAUGACGUUCGCGCCCGAAUGGUUAACGGGAAAUCAAAAUUUAAACACCAGUAACUUUAUGUUUAAAUGGGUGUACUUGGUAUUUUUCAAUAUGCUGUGGGUUUUCUUGCCAAUAUAUGCAAUGUAUGUUGCAUUUUACGAUAUUGGGAAUGCGAUGCAGGUGAGGAAUAGUGUUAUCAGCGCCAGGGUUGAGAUUAUGAAGAACCAGAAACAAGCGAAGAAGAAUUGA